UCAAUCACAAAUUUAGAGUUAGGGAUUUUUAUCUGGAUCGGACAUACAGGAUUAAUUUCCGUGUAAAUUCAUUGUGCGUUCGGGUCUACAUAUUUUCUUUAUUAAAUAACAUGCUAUAUAAAUGGUAAAUGAUAAGAAAAAAUUGUAAAAAGGGAAAUAGGUAGAGGAGUCCUUAAGAAAAUGGCAACAGGAGGAACACACCCAGCUGCACUUUAUGAACAGAAUAUUAAACUACAAGAGGAGAUCGAAGAGUUGAAACGUACGGCAGGCACAGAUACCAGAAAUGUUAUAAACAGAACGCCUUCGUGCAAUACAAUAUGUACAACAUUUGUUAAAAAGACGCUACUGAAAGCUUUGGUGAUUGUCCUAGUGGCUACCUGUGUGCUAACUGUGUAUCUGGUGACCGAGAAACGUCAAGAAAGUGCAUUACAAUCUCUCGUAACCGCAGUUUCUUCUCCAAAGGCAGCGAUGUCGGGCGUUUCAGGGGGAAGUUUACCAUUCGGCGCUCAGAACGUUGGAGGCGCAGGUAUGGGUCAAGACUACCGGCUAAAUAAUUGUCAAGGGUUCAGAAAUAAAGAAUAUUUUCCAGACGUUGGCUAUUCUCUACUAGGCUAUAAUGUACUAAAAGGCUUCCCGCUUGCAAAUCGCCACGAUCCUGGCUUCACGUACCCAAUAUUUCGGCACGAUUACACUUCUGGUGGCAUGACCGCCGAUUGCCGGUACAGUGUACCACGUGGCCUUAUGAUUAUCCCGGAUGUCUCUUGUGUAACUUCGUUUUCAUCAAUAGUAAUACAAACGAAAUAUGAGUUUUCAAAGGCAUUGUCAGUUUCCGCUAGUGUUAGCGGAGGUGGAUGAGGAGUGAGUUUCUCUGCAAGUACAGGAUACAAGGAAUCAUCGUCAGAAAUAUCGUCUGGUGAAUCAGUCUAUAUUAUGUCUUCUGCUAAUUGUAACUAUUAUUUCAGUAAGCUGAUAACAGAAGAGGUUCCGAAAUUUGAUAGCGUCUUUAUCAAAUGGAUUCACAAACUGAAUGAAACGGAUUUGGAUCCCAAACUGUACUUCGAAUUUUUUGAGACAUACGGGACACACUUUCCAACUGAAGUUACAUUUGGGGCAAGAUAUACAUACGAACAUAAAAUGUCGUCUUCUAAGUACGAAAGCGAAAGGAAAAGUGGUGUAAAUGUUGCUGUCCAAGCAAGCUACUCAGGUUUGUUUAGUGUAGGCGCCAGUUUCAAUCUAGAUUCCGAGCAAAGACAAGCCGCGUCCAAUUUCUCGAAAUCAGUCGAAACCAAAACAAUAACCGUUGGCGCAGCACCACCUGCAAAUGGUGAUGCUAUGGUAUGGGCAUCGGAGGUGAAAGCCAGCCCAGUGCCAACAGCAUAUGAAUUAUCGUCGAUAGAGCUUCUGUUUACUGAUAGGUACAUGAAAAAUCUGAAUGUAAACUACGAACGUAUUCGUAAUAACAUAGAGACCAAGAAACACGAGUAUUGUCUAUAUCUUCUAAGGCAAGGAAAGAUUGAAUCAUGUGACAGUCUGGUUGCAGGAAUUGAGCUUGUUAAAACCAGGUUAUUUGGUCAUUAUAAAGAAAUGCAGGUUGCUCUGAGUACGAAAUGCAUCGAGAAAUGUCUGGACGAAAUUCAGUGUGUAGCAGUAACGUUUUGCCAUAUUUGCACAGUUGACAGUUAUUCAUACAAUACGUGUUACAUGUAUAGUGAAAUAGAGUAUCAAACUUACGCAGAGCAUACGGAAACUGAAGACUCGAUUUGGCAAAGCAACAUAUUUCCAGAAAAACUUAGGUCGCAGAUUGAGUUUAACAAUACAGCUAUUGUCGGAGUACCGCGAGGCUACGAAAAUGAUAGAGACAAAAAUGCAAGCUUGGAAGAAUGCCAUCUACUUUGCCUUAAGGAUGCCCACUGCGUUGCAUACACGCACUGCGACUGCCCUAAAAACAUUGUAAAAUGUAAUAUGUACAGCAAGGGGCGAAUAUCAGGCCUGGAAAAUGAACCGGACACAAAAUCAUUUUUUAUUUCUAGCCACCAGAAUAUCUUAAAAUCUACCCCGGCUUCAACAUUUUCGGAAAGUACAGCAUCAAAUGCAACACAGGGCAUCAGUGUUUAGGAAACAUAAACUUAUAUUGACAUGUUAAAGAUUGAAAACUCUUCCUAGAGAAUUAUUAUACAAUGAACGUUUUUGUGUGUUUUAAUUUAUGAUUUUCUCAUUUGUACAUUUGUAAAAGAUAUAAAAUUUUUAAUGUUGUAAAUAUUUUCAAAUUUUACUAGUAUGUAUUCCGUGUAUGAGAAUAAGAUAUACAUAUCAAGUUUCUUUCUUUAUUGGUCUGAGGGCGAGUGUAAAAAAUGAAACAUUACAAUAAUUCUAAGAUGAUUUUCACGUCUGCUAGCAUAACUUUGCAAGAUAUCAAUAAUAUAUUUAUUAGAUUUUCAAUUUGAAUGUCUUGUUAAACUUUCUAUAGUCAAUAAAUCUCUUACCCUAGCUCA